AUGCCAAGAGCAUAUGAAUUCGGCACCCUGAUACCCAAUCACACUCCAAUCAAGCGAUACAUUCAAUGGACUUUGGCCCGAUACUUUUUGUCGAGUGUUGAAUUUUUUCAACAAUCUAACCAACUGUCAAGGUGUGAAACACUUCUGCGCAUAUGGGAUGUGUUUCUUUUGGAGGGCGAAAAGGUCCUCUUUCGCGUAGCCAUUGCGCUUCUCUUGCAACAGCAAGAUAUCCUCCUCCGACAAUCGGACACUCUGGCCUUCUGGAAGAGCAUGAAGAUAGCCGUGAGCCUUGUUUAUGACUACGAGGAGCUUCUUAGUAUUGCUUUCAACGGCUUUAAAAUGGUCAAACGCAAGGAACUCAAGUCUCGUCGGGAGGCAAAGAUGCGUGAGUUGGAGAAGCGUCACCAACUAAGCUGCGCUUUGGACGAACUUAAAGCGAAAGGACAAGUGAAUAAUAUUUCCGGUAGGGAUGCACCUCAAUCUCCCCGGACUUUCUUCGCGUCUGCACUGGAUGAAUCGUCUCCAUGUUUCAUAAUGAGCUGCGCUGAAAACGAUUCAUACGUGUUGAAAUUGGGUAACACUGACGAAGACGUUUAUUAUGCCAUCGAGGGCCGGUUUGACGCACCAAUCACGUGCGCAGCAUGGAUAAAAGACAGUCAUAUUUUACUAGGCUCAGCAAAAGGCUACCUCUACGCAUAUGAUAUCGGACCGAAACAAAAGACAUGGGAACUAAAAAUGUCUGGUGGCAUAACAGCUAUUACAAUUGAUCGACAAAGGGGUGGAACAAAACACGCAUUUGUGGGAACGGCUAAUGGAAUACUCAGUCUCAUUGUGGAUUUGACAGGUGAAACAGCUCCACGUGAUCUGUACAGUCAAACCCUUGGAUUCAUAGCUGUCUCAUUCAUCUCCAUUAUUGACACACAAUUAUGGUGUGCUUGCGGUUGCGUCUUGGAGGUAUUUGAUGUAACGACUUUUGACCAUAUACGUAAAAUUACGGUGUCAGAAAACCCAUUGGACAGUAUCUGCUGUCUUGCUCCUUGCUCAAACGGUGUUUGGAUUUCAUUGGUUGGAAAGACCUCACUCAAACUCUUAUCCACCAGCACAUUUGAACCCACCUGCUACUGCGACAUUAGCAGAUACCUACCGUCAAGGGGCUCCAAUGCCUUACUGGAAAGCGAAAACCCGGAUAGAGUGACUGCGGUACUGGCGAACGAUUCUUAUCUCUUUAUUGGCACUGGCUCGGGUAUCGUUUGCAUCUACAAGACGCUAAAGUGGAAAAAUUCAACCCUACCACACGUAAAAAAAUUGCAAACAUCGACUCGUCACAGUAUAAACAUCUCCGAAUACAAAACCAGUCCAAAGAUACUAAGCCGGAGUUUGCAUCGCCUUACCAGCAAGGAAGAAGGUGACUCUGAUAUUGAUGAAGUUCCUUGCAAUGCAGCACCUGAGAUUGGGUCACCGAGGUCAGGUUCACAAGACGCUAUCAAUUUCUCUUCCUGCACCGAUACUACUGUUGAAGAUGAAAAGCCGACUCUACUCAAGGGCGCAGUACCAAGGAUGAGGGGUCCUUUAGUUAACUCUCUCAACCUUCUCUUCAACAUAAAGUCACAGAUUACGGAGUCCCCGAUUCGAGCCUUUUUACAAGUGACGAAUAAACAAGGGAACUGCAUCGUAUCCAUCUCCCAGCGCAGUAAUGAGGAUGAUGCCGUCCUCAAGUGGGUGCAGAAAAACAAGGGCGGAUGCCCGUGGACAAAUGAGCCUAUGUUUGAACUCUGCUUGAAGGAUUCAACACCAAUUCUUCCUGGUUACUUAAAGAGUGCAACGCUACGAAAAAUACCCUCCGUUGAUUCGACAUUUCACCUCCAGUGA